AUGUUGGUAUAUGGACUGCAAUUGCGGUUAAACGAAUCUUCUCCCAGUACAACUCCAGUCAUGCUUCCAAGGAGCUUGUACACAGGGUGUACAGCCCUUGUGACCUUGAAACUAAAGAGUGUGACUCUUGUGGAUGUUUCUUCCUUGCCUUCUUUCCCGACCCUAAAAGCAUUGAGCCUUUUACUUGUUAAGUUCCCUGGUGAUGCAUUUGUCAAGAGGCUUUUCUCCAAUUGUCAUGUUCUUCAAUAUCUGGAGGUGGGACGAUUACAAAAUGACAAUGUCACCGUUUUCACCGUUAUUGUGCCUUCUCUGAAGACUCUCAAAUUAAGUAGAAUAUCACGCAAAGUGAAAGACGGUGAACAUGGUUCAGUGAUAUAG